AUGCUCUACAUGGCGGUGGUGAUGGCAGGGAGCCUGGCCCUGACCACGGCCGUGGUGGCUCAUGCCUAUUACCUGAAGCACCAGUUCUACCCCACCGUGGUUUAUCUCACCAAAUCCAGCCCCAGCAUGGCCGUUCUCUACAUCCAGGCCUUUGUCCUGGUGUUUCUCCUGGGGAAAUUUAUGGGCAAAGUGUUUUUUGGGAAGCUGAAGGCAGCAGAGAUGGAGCACCUAGUGGAGAGGUCAUGGUACGCGGUGACCGAGACCUGCUUGGCCUUCACCGUCUUCAGGGACGACUUCAGCCCCCGCUUCGUCGCCCUCUUCACCCUCCUCCUCUACCUCAAGUGCUUCCACUGGUUGGCUGAAGACAGGGUGGACUUUAUGGAACGAAGCCCCAACAUCUCCUGGCUCUUCCACUUCAGGAUUGUCUCCCUGAUGUUCCUGCUGGGAAUCCUGGAUUUCCUCUUUGUCAGCCAUGCCUACCACAGCAUCCUGACCCGGGGGGCCUCUGUCCAGCUGGUCUUUGGCUUUGAGUAUGCCAUCCUGAUGACCAUGGUGCUCACCAUCUUCAUCAAGUAUGUCCUGCACACCAUUGACCUGCAGAAUGAGAACCCCUGGGACAGCAAAGCCGUCUACAUGCUCUACACUGAGCUCUUCACGGGCUUCAUCAAAGUCCUCCUCUACAUGGCCUUCAUGACCAUCAUGAUCAAAGUCCACACCUUCCCCCUCUUUGCCAUCCGCCCCAUGUACUUGGCCAUGAGGCAGUUCAAGAAGGCGGUGACCGACGCCAUCAUGUCGCGCCGCGCCAUCCGCAACAUGAACACCCUCUACCCCGAUGCCACCCCUGAGGAGCUCCAGGCCAUGGACAACGUCUGCAUCAUCUGCCGCGAGGAGAUGGUGACGGGCGCCAAGCGCCUGCCUUGCAACCACAUCUUCCACACCAGCUGCCUGAGGUCGUGGUUCCAGCGCCAGCAGACGUGUCCCACCUGCCGCAUGGACAUUCUCCGGGCUUCCCUGCCAGCACAGCCACCUCCAGAACCCCCAGAACAAGCCCCACCACCACCCCAGACCCCCCAAGUUCCCCAGCCCCCCAAUUUUCCCCAGGGAAUCCUCCCUCCCUUCCCACCAGGAAUGUUUCCCUUCUGGCCACCAGUGGGUCCCUUCCCACCAGUUCCCGGCGUUCAACCACCCAACGGUGCCGAAAACGCCUCUUCCAGCUCUGGCACCACUUCCACCUUCCCACCACCAUGGAUGGGAAUGCCAUGGCCACCCCUUUUUGGUUUCCCACCCAUGCCGGUGCCACCAGCUGGAUUUGCUGGGUUGACAGAGGAGGAGCUUCGGGCCAUGGAGGGACACGACAGGCAACACCUGGAGGCCCGACUGCAGUGUCUGCAGAACAUCCACACCCUCCUGGAUGCUGCCAUGGUCCAGAUCAACCAGUACCUGACAGUCCUGGCCACCAUCGG